AUGAACUAUUUUGCUUCUUCGAGAUUGCUUGUGCUGUCAAAGUUUAGGCUUGUGGAAACUUGUUUAAAGCAUCUUCGUUCAUUGAAUUGAAUUCACUUUUGUGUAUUUGGUUUCUUUCUUGGCUUUCAUUUAUUUUCAAAGGGUUUGAGGAUAAGGUACGCAUCAUUUUGUAUUACUACUUAUUUGGUCGUGUACCCUGAUGCAAUACUCAAGUAGUGCCAUAUUUUCGGGUGUUUAGUUGAGUUUCAGAUCAAAAUAUUUGACGACUGCUAGCAAAUGACCCUACUUAGUAGUUGCUCAUAGUUUCCUUUCUCACAAAUUAUGUUCGUGGGUUCACCGAUAGAUCUUCUCAGUAGUUUUGACCGGAGUUGACAAUAGAUAUCAACUGCUUUGUUGUUGCCCUUAAUUUACUAUUGAUUCCUUCAUGACGUAGUUUUAAGGAGUUUCACACAGAUCGGUUGCUAUUGCGAAGGUUGCCUUGAAAAGCCGAGAUAAGGGAGCAAAUGGCAUACCUCAUGCUGUUUACUAUCGGUGGUCCGCAGUUCCUCGUUUUUAGGUACACUUGACGAUAUGCGUAAAAUUAAUUUAUGCAAAGCCGGCAUGGAGGGUCUCGAUGCGCAGACGAUUGACAGAAUCAUUGAAGAUAAUUCGAAGGGUAAGCCGAAAGUAAUGGAUUUUAUUGUUAGUUUUACUUAUAUCAGGGGUAAAUUAAAUCGACGUUUUGGAGGUUAA